CCAGCCUAUCCUAGUUAUAGCGCGCGCUGCUCUAGUGGAUAACGAGGUCCAUAUUUCCGUCGGUACCUUUCCUCAGCAUGACAGCAUCAUACUCCAGUUGGAUUUUGUCUCCCCACAUCGACCAAUAUAUAUUCACUGGAUCAGAGUCACAACGACUACGAGCUUCCAUUGACGGACAACAUAAAAAUCAUAGUGCGUAUUUCGAAUUGCACAAUUCCAAGAUGGGCUCAAACAGCUUCUCGCUGGCCAGCAAGGUCAAGCUCCCAUCGGGCCACCUCAUCCCACAGAUCCAGCUUGGGCUCUACAUGAUGUCCGGACGCGAGGUCCUCUCCGCCGUGCCCUGGGGCUUGGCGGCGGGGUAUCGCGGCUUCGACAGCGCACAAAUGUACCACAACGAGACUGAGGCUGGGAAGGCUAUUCGGACUUUCCUGUCUUCGCCCGACAACUCCGAAGGCCUCAAACGGGAGGAUAUCUGGUACACCUCCAAGCUCGCCAGCAACAGUGAGUCGUAUACCGCCGUAAGGCGAAGUAUCAAGAAAAGUGUCGAUGCUUGUGGGCUCGGCUACAUCGAUUUGUUCUUAUUGCACAGUCCUUAUGGCGGUUCCGAGGCACGAUUGACGAGCUGGAGGGCUGUUGAGGACGCAAUCACAGACGGCGAGGUCAGGAGUGGUGGCGUCAGCAAUUUCGGAGUCAGACACAUCGAGGAGUUGAUGGCUUCAAACCCCAGAAUCAAGCCUUCUAUCAACCAAAUUGAGGUCCAUCCUUUCAAUACACAAGAAGAUAUUCGUGAAGUGUGCAAGAAGCAUGGUAUCGUUAUUGAGGCGUACGGUCCGCUUGCUAGAGCGAUGCGCAUGAAGAACGCUACGAUUGUUGCACUUGCUAAGAAGUACUCCUGCACGCCAGCGCAAUUGAUGGUGCGGUGGUCAUUACAACAUGGCCUGGUACCGCUGCCCAAGAGCGCAAGAAAGGAACGCCUCAUCGAUAAUGUGAAAGUUGGAGGCUUCGAAAUCUCCGACGAGGACAUGUCAAAAAUGGACGGGUUAGAUGAGCAUCUCGUGACGGACUGGGACCCAACGGAUGCUCCGUAAACAUCGCCGCCUGCUGAGGUGGAAGUAGCAGGCUACCAACGCCAUCGCAUGAAGUAUGGGGCAUGAUCUUCUGUACCAUGAGUGUCUACUAGUGUACGAUCCCUGUUGGCCAUUCUGGUUUUUCUGACACUGCCCUCCAUUUCACAAAUGCACCAGAAUCUCAUCCAUCAAUCUACUGGUGGAGCUGUUGCGUGUUAUUGUUGGGAAGCGUAUUGUGCAUACUCUGGGAAUAUAGAUCCAUGUUAUUAUGCUGUUGACGUCGUUUCAAGUCUCUGGUUAGCCGUGCGGUCUAGCAGUCCUAUCACGGCCGUCGACGACCCAAGUAAUCCUCAACACUCUCCCUUUCUAUGAUGUAUAUACGGGCGCAAUGACCGCUCAGGGCUACCAAACCCUCCACAUCGCGGCAUUAUAUGCCAUGUUUGUGUCGCGAAUCUCAACAACAACUGCAACAGCAAAAUACGCCCGGAUGGUUUAGUGGUAUAA